UGACGCCUGCGCGCUGAGGCGCUGCUCGGCCGCCAUCUUGGUCGGGCUGAGGGGAAUGGAGCCCGGCGGGGGCCGGCGCGAAAAGGGCCCGCCGCCGCCGCUGGUGCUGCCGCCCGCCAAGGGCAAGGAGGGCCCCGGGUCCGGCGGCGGGGGCGGCGGCGGCAACGCCCGCCUGGAGAAGGCCAAGCAGCGCUCGGCCCAGCAGGAGCUGAAGCAGCGGCAGCGCGCCGAGAUCUAUGCCCUCAACCGGGUGAUGACGGAGCUGGAACAGCAACAGUUUGAUGCCUUCUGCAAGCAGAUGAGGGCCUCCAGUGAGUGACAGCCAGAUCUUCGCUCCCCACACAAGACUUCACUCAAGGUCUGGACACUGGACCACGGUCAGUGGCCUGUUAAACCACGGUGAGAAGCCCCCAGACCCUUUUUUCCUCUGGGCUACGGCAGUGCCUCUCAGCCGCUUCCAGGUCCACCAAAAGUCCUUGCCAAAAUGGACUUUCUCAUUGUUUGAACUGUUGUUUUUUUUUAAUCCUAUUUAUUAAAUAAAUGUCUUUUAUAUGUGUGCAAAUAAAUAUCUGUCUGUGAGACCAAAAGUCCAGUGCAGAUAUGGUCAGGACCAUUACGAUACUUCCAGGCAAUCCAAAAGCCGGAAAAAAAAGUUUCCCCUCCUUCUCCCUUACCCAAAACAGAGAUUCAAGGUGUGCUGCCUCUUCACAUGGAGGCAUUGCUUGAAAGUCACUGGUGGGCAAAUAAAUGGAGAAGAGUCCUGAGGCUCUGAUUGUUUGGUGCGACAUAAAGUUGUUCAGAAGUUGCACAGAAAUGUUAUUUUGUAUAUCUGAAACCUGAUGACCAUCCCUUCCCUCUUUGCUCAAGGUUUAUAAGAAGGGGGGGGAACUUCCCCUCCCAUCUACUGUCAUCACUACAGCUGACUUUCUCUGUCCCCCUAACCUCUUUUCCCCCUUUCUAUCUGCUUAGCUGACAAUGUGAAAUUUGUGUGGUAGUAAAGAUUGUAACACUACAGCCUCCUCCCUCCUGCUCCAGACCUUAUGAAUGCCUCCCUAGCUUAUCACAGUUCCCAAGCACACGCACAGUACAAAACCAAAAUUACACAACAAAAUCAUGGUUUUCUGAGUUUAAUAUUUCCUCCAAGCACGAGAACACUAGUUUCAAGUAUAGUUUUCCAAUGACACAACGUCCUCUUCCUGUCUUUCUUUUCCUCUGGAGUUUUUAAUUAAAGAGCUCUUGGGAAAAGCCCAUUUUCCAAAUGUAUUUCAUUACCCUGAUAAAUAUAAAAAACAUUAAAAGCGCUACCUGGCACAA